ACCUCGCUGAAUAUAUCUACUUUUAUAUAUAGCACGAACGAUGGAAAUUUAUCAUAACCAAGAGUGGGCCAGGGAUGAGAGGUAUUCGUCGUUUUGGGCUCACUACAUGGCCGUUGAGAAGUGGCGAUUGGACCAUGCAAAAAUGGCGGAGGUCGCUUGUCGGGUAGUUCGUGGCAAGGCGAAGCCCUAUCAAAGAAGGAAGACAGGACCUCGUCAUGCUUGUAAGAGCAGUCCGGUAAAGAGCGUGUCUACGAGAACGGACUUCGAAGCUGCUACUACUGAAAAUGACGAUGUAGUGCAUGAAAAUAUUCCAAGGACAUCAGCACCUCUUGAAGAGGAAGAAAUGUCAGAAGAGAUGGUUGCUUUCUUCAGAAAGACGAUAGCGCAUCGAAAAUCUCGUGCUGCCGAAAAAGCGGAAGAAAAGCGCCUCGAAGCUGAAGAGCAGGGUGACGGACAGGGACAUUGGAUACGCUUGAAUAAUGAUGAUUACGUCAUGGCCGAUAAGAUAGGCGUUUAUGGUGUGGGAAAGCGAACGUUUGCCACUCCUGACGAGGCUGCGAAGACACAGCAGCGGAGAGAUAAUGCAAAGAUGAUGUACGGAUCAGCUGCUGAGCGAAUUCUCGCAAUGGAAACCUUGGUUGACAUGCGAUUUGAGCAGGAAUACGCAAAGAAGAGACCACCGCUGUGGCCCAACAUUCCAUUGAAGUUUUGA